AUGACGUUGAGCGACAUGGUCAACCAGGUGCGCCCUGCGGUGGUGCGAAUUGGCACGACUACGAGCGUAGGCACCGGCGUCAUAUUCGAAGCCACCGGUCAAACUGCCUAUGUCAUUACCAACGAGCACGUAGUUGCCGGCCACCGGCAGGUGACCGUGGUGGUCAACGACUCAGACACCUACAGGGGCACCGUACUGGGCGAUGACCCUGUAAGGGACCUAGCUGUUGUCAGCAUUUGCUGUGGCAAUUUUCACCCGCUGCCCUUUGGUGACGCCUCAGGGCUUCGCGCGGGGGAUGAGGUAAUUGCUAUUGGUUAUGCCCUUGGCCUAUCGGGCCAGGCCUCGAUCACGAGGGGCAUCGUUUCCGCGAUCAGAUAUGACUCCGGCCACCUCAGCGAUGUGAUUCAGACCGACGCCGCCAUAAAUCCCGGGAACAGCGGCGGGCCCAUGCUGUCGAGGUCGGGGGAAAUCCUGGGCAUAAAUACCUUCACCAUCGAGCAGUCCAGGUCAGGAAGGCCCGCUGAGGGGCUGGGAUUCGCGGUCUCCGGGUCCACCGUGCAGGCCCGGAUUCCCCGGCUCCGUACGGCGGCGGCCAACCCCACUCCCACGCCUAACCGUCGUCCUCAGCCUACCAGGACACCCAGCCCCCGGCCGAGUACGCCAGGAGACGAUGCCUUCAUAUUCGGUCCGGUGAGCGGAGAUUUGCGGCACGAUCCGCGGAACGGGAAUGUGGAGUCUUUCAACGCCGGUGUCUCCAUGCUGGAUGUCGCCGUCAGUGGGACAUCCCAAUCCGUACCCGCCAUCGUCCGGCUCCUGGGAUUAUGGAUUCCUGAUACGAAGUGA